AACAACAUAAAGCAGUCCUCAAGGCAGGUGAUUCAGCAAGAGGUAACAAAGUUGUAUUGGGAAAAAUUUUUAAAAAUAGUUGGGAGGACAAAUUAAAAGAGGUUAUGAAUUCCAAACAAGAAUGGAUAAUACAACAACUCUGUUAUUUACAAAAUACCAAAGAUAAUAGGUAUGAAGAUAUUUCAGUUUUUGUUGCUGAUGGUGUUGUUCAGGGCUUUUCGUCCAGAAUUUCUUCUAACGAAAUAAUGAAUGUUGGACAAGGUGGAUUUAGUCAACCUGUCAUCUUGAUGGAUGAUAAUUAA